GGAAGUUGGUGUGCGUUAAUUUGAAUCUGGAGUAGCGCUAUAUGAGGGGAGAGUCCACGAGAAGCGACUGUGAGGAGUCAGAUUUCAGUGUUUUGGUCCUGGAGGACUGAAGGAGACUUUGUUUCAGUUGGAACUGCGGGCAGUCCAAGGAAACCGAGAGUGAGUCAGGGGAGAUCGAGACAUUUUAAAGAGUGAGUGAGUGACUAAGUGAGUGAAGGAUAGAGCGGGGCUCCAACUCUUACCACUAUCACUUUUGUGUGGACUUACCAAGACUGAAAAUGACUUCCCGCAUCUCCCUGUGGUCCGUUGGAAUACAUCUCACACUGUGGUACUGCCAACUGUCGACUCCAUAUCGCCUUCUGGACGAGGGGGGUUCCCAGGGCCAGAUGGACCUGACAGAGCUAAUCGGCGUUCCUCUCCCCCCCUCCGUCUCCUUCGUCACGGGAUUUGAGGGCUACCCGGCCUACCGUUUCGGGCCCGAUGCCAACGUGGGCCGCUUCACCAAGUCCUUCAUCCCUGACCCCUUCUACCGUGACUUCACCGUGAUCGUCACCGCCAAGCCCACCACGCGGCACGGCGGGGUCCUCUUCGCCAUCACCGAUGCCUACCAACGGGUGGUGCAGCUGGGCGUGGCGUUGAGCCCCGUGGAGGACGGGUCUCAGCAGGUGCUCCUCUACUACACUGACCCGGGGGUCGGGAGCACCCAGGAGGCUGCGAGCUUCAAACUGGCAGACCUGACGGGGAGGUGGGCCCGCUUCACGUUGACGGUGCAGGGGACAGAGGUGCGUCUCUACAUGGACUGUGAGGAGUACCACCGUGUGGCCUUCCAGAGGAGCCCGGAGCCCCUCACCUUCGAGGCCAGCUCGGGUGUCUUCGUGGGCAACGCAGGUGGUACGGGGCUGGACAGGUUUGUGGGUUGUAUCCAGCAGCUGGUUCUGAAGGGAUACCCCACAGCCCAAGAUGACCUGUGUGAAGAGGACGACCCCUAUGCAUCUGGCUAUGGGAGUGGAGACGACUCCUUCGAUGACACAGAAACUCUGGAUGAAGUGAAGAAGGUAGUGGAGGAGAGAGAGUACACUGAAACUCUGGAUGAAGUGAAGAAGGUAGUGGAGGAGAGAGAGUACACUGUGCCAGAGGAACCAUGGGGCACCCCUGUGCGCGCCCCUCCCACAGAGGCAUCGCCCAGUGACGAUGAGGAUGCUGAUGAGAUCUCAGGUCAGGACGUGGAGCUGAAAGUAGAGAGAGGACCAAGUCGGACUGCGGAUGCAGACUACAGACCAAGCAGUAGGACUUCCAGUCAGAAAGGAGAGCAAGGAGAUCCAGGGCCAGCCGGCCCCCCUGGCUCCCCCGGGCCCCCAGGCCCACACAGUCUCUUUAGCAAAGGCUUCUCUCAGGGAUUGCCAGGACCCAGGGGCCCCCUGGGGCCCCCAGGACCAGCAGGAACACCCGGUAACGAGGGCCAGCCAGGCAGUGGAGGGAUAGACGGAAACCCUGGAGAAACUGGAGUUCAGGGAUUCCCAGGCUUGCCAGGAGAUCCUGGUCCCAAAGGAGACAAGGGUGAUUCUGGAGUGGGCAAACCUGGUCCCCCCGGACCUCCUGGACCACCGGGUAGACCCAACUCAUCCAGAUCCCCGGAUGGUGUGGACGGCUCAGGCUUUGAGUACUUUGACGGAGACACAGAGAUUAUGACAGGUCCACCUGGUCCUCCAGGGCUUCCUGGGCCCCCAGGUUCAUCUGAGGGCCUAUCUGCGUCCCCUGGGGCUCCCGGGGAAAACGGGAAGGAUGGAGAGAUGGGUAAACCUGGACUGCCUGGCGUUGAUGGGAAUGAUGGGUUCCCUGGUCCAGCUGGCGAGAGAGGAGAGAAGGGUGAGCCGGGUCUGAGCGGAACACAUGGACCAAAGGGGGAGCCAGGUGCUGCAGGGUUCCCAGGUCUGCCUGGCUCAGAGGGACCAGAGGGGAAGCCGGGUCUGGGGGGGCCCCCUGGGCUACCGGGACCCCCAGGACGGGGCGUCAGCUUGGACCUGGAGGGACCUAUUGACAAACCUGGCCGUCCAGGACCUAAGGGCGAAGACGGGCAGGACGGGCUUCCUGGUGUAGCGGUAAAGGGGGAGCCUGGUGCUCCAGGAGCAACCGGGGCCUCUGGGCUGGAUGGACUGCCAGGGCAUACAGGAGCGAAGGGGGACCAAGGUGAUAUGGGACCAAAGGGAGAGAGAGGUCAGGACGGUUUCAGUUUCCCCGGCCCUCCAGGACCUCCUGGGUCUUCGGGACCUGUUAUCAACCUCCAGGAUGUCCUGCUCAGUGAUACAGAGGGUGUGUUUAACUUCUCAGGGCUGCUGGAAUCUCAGGGGCUCAGGGGGCCACGGGGUCCAAAAGGUGACUUGGGGAAUCCAGGGACCAUAGGGCCCCCAGGCUUAAAGGGCGAGAAGGGUGAGCCAGGGGCCAUGGUUGCAGCAGACUGGUCUAUGAUGUCUGAACUCACAGGGCCACAGGGCCCCAAAGGGAUCAAGGGCGAUUGUGGUGUUCCUGGGCCAGCUGGAGUUACGGGUCCCAUUGGGCCAGAAGGACCCAAAGGAGAAUAUGGCUAUCCUGGUCGUCCGGGUCGUCCCGGAAUAAUGGGGCAUAAAGGAGACAGAGGAGACGCUGUGGGUGUGUCGGGAUCCCCUGGCCCCCCCGGGCCCCCAGGACGUCCCGGAAUGUUCAACUGUCCCAAAGGAACAGUUUUUCCCAUCCCUCCCAGACCGCACUGCAAAAAGGCCAUAAAUGGCUCUGAGAAUUCAACAAAGUGGGGGCCGGAGUGUCCUUCAUCUGGGACCAAAGGGGACAAGGGGGAGAGGGGCUUCCCUGGGAUGCCUGCCCCGCCACUCAUAAGGCUUCCCAAAGGAACUAUGGGGAACAAGGGGGAGAAGGGGGAGGCCGGGUUACCGGGCCCACCUGGUAUGCGUGGGACAUCUGGAAUGGUGGGCCCUCAAGGAGAAACUGUUAUGGGGCCCCCUGGCCAUCCAGGUAUUCCGGGGUCUCCAGGUACUCCGGGGUAUGGAAGACCUGGCCCUGAAGGCCCCCAAGGGCCUCCUGGACACCCCGGAGCACCCUCUCCAGCUGUGACCAUCCCUGGACCUCAAGGCCCCCCUGGCCCAGCUGGACCUCCUGGGGCCUCUGCCGUGAUGGAGACGUUUCCUUCCAGCGAGGUCAUGAUGCAAAGGACGAUGAACAGCAGAGAGGGGACCCUGAGCUUCAUCACCACGGGGACAGGCAAACUCUACAUCCGGGUACAAGAGGGAUGGAAGGAGGUCCUGCUUGGUAACUUGAUCUACCGCCCAGUCAAUAUCCCUCUACCUGACACGGCUCAGCCAGGCACCGCCAGAAGAUAUGGGCUCAACCUGGUGGCCCUGAACCAACCCUACACAGGGAACUUUGGUGGCGACGACAUGAUAGACAAGCGGUGCUAUGACCAGGCCAUGGCCAUGGGUCUGCCUGCCAACUACCGAGGCUUCGUAUCCUCAAAAAUCCACACGAUCAAUAAAGACCUGGUCCCCCAGAGGUUCAGAGAGAGCUACCCCAUAACCAACCUCAGGGGGGACAUUUUGUUCACUAACUACAAGUCUAUCUUCACUGGGGGUGGAGGCAAAUUCCCAUCAAACAUCCCAAUCUACUCCUUCGACGGACGGGACGUACUGGCAGACCCCUUCUGGCCGAAGAAGAGCAUCUGGCAUGGCUCUAAUACGUUUGGCAACCUGUUGGUAGACCGGUCCUGCGAUUCGUGGCAGUCUGACAACAUGUCCAUCAUGGGCCAGUCGUCCAAUCUAGCUUCAGGCUUCCUCCUGGGACAGCAAGCACAAAGCUGUAGCAACCAGUUCGUGGUCCUCUGCAUCGAGACCAGAGAGAAUGUUUAACAGACCGCUCCGUCCUCCUCCACAUUCAUCUGCUCUCAUCUUAUCACUCUGGAAAGGUGUCAAAUAUAUGUACAUUCCUUUAUGAACAUUUCAUCAUCGUCAUGAACAUAUUCCUCCUCUCCCAUCCUCUGAUUGGUUGGUUGAUUGACUGACUGAGAUGAGAUGACUGAUACUUGUCUGUCAAUACCAGCUCCAAAUCAUGGCUUUGCGGAGUUUUUCAAAGCCAACUUUCAAGAUUAUUUCUCACUACAGAUGUUUCUCCUACUCAAGAUGUCACCUUUCGUCUUCCAGUGAUUGGCCAUGUUUAUCAUUUGUCCUAUUGGGUCAUUCUUUAAGAAAUGUUUGUUCCAUUAGACCAGGGCCAAUAGCAUAUUUCACAUGCAUAACACCCAUAUUCUACAAAGGUGUUCAGUAAAGAAAUGCUGAUGCACUACUAUAUUAGAUGUGUUUCUACGUCCAGUGAUUUCUCAUUUGAGCAACAAUUUCUCUCAGUAUUUCAUUUCAAUUCAACAUCUUAUUUAUACCGUAACUACACAUAAACGUGAAUGAAUCAAAUUAUUAAGGUUAAGUAUGUAAUUUAUAGUUUUUUUGUCAGGGACUGUUUUAGUUUUUUGUAAUUUCGUUGUACAGCAUUCCUGUUAUGGCGCUAGAAUUUUGAUUCGAUAGGUAGCUAGUUAGAUGUGACUUCAUUAAACAUUAUUUCCACCAAUCACAUAGCAAUUCACCACAAAAAAGUUAUAACUUAUGAAAUUCAUAAGAGAUUUUAUCAAUUAUAAGUGAGUAUAUUUUAUAAAAUCAUUGGUGCUUAUUGAUUAAAAAUGUUUUUCAUUUUCUUAAUAAUCUGAGUCUGAUAUAAUCUGUUUUGAAAUCUGGUCCUGUUACAUUGAGUCUGUACUGUGGUUAAAGGACAAGACAGACCAAUACAGAUCAUCAACCAAUCAGCCGUGUGUAGUAGAUAAAAAUCAAAUCAAACUUUAUUGGUCGCGUACAAAGUUUCGCUGAUGUCAUAACGGGUUCAGCGAAAUGCUUAUGCUACUAGCUCCUAAUAAUGCAGUAAAAUGUCAAACAGGUACACUUUUUCAUUUCUAUAUAUAUAUAUAUAUUCUAUAUAUCAUUUAUAUAUAUAUAUUUAAAAAAAACAGAAAGCAAGAAAUUGUUGUAACAGAGCCAUUUAACAAACAAAAUGGCACUGUAACAGUUAUCCAACAAUCGCAAAAGUAUGUGGACACCUAUUCAUCGAAUAUCUCGUUCCAAAAUCAUGGGCAUUAAUAUGGAGUUGGUCCCCCCUUUGCUGUUAUAACAGCCUCUACUCUUCUGGGAAGGCUUUCCACUAGAUGUUGGAACAUUGCUGCUAUAACAGCCUCCACUAUUCUGGGAAGGCUUUCCACUAGAUGUUGAUUCAUUGCUGCGGGGACUUGCUUCCAUUCAGCCACAAGAACGUUAGUGAGGUCAGGCACUGAUGUUGAGCGAUUAGGCCUGGCUCACAGUCGGCGUUCCAAUUCAUCCUAAAGGUGUUUCAUGGGGUUGAAGUCAGGGCUCUGUGCAGGUCAGCCAAGUUCUUCCACACCGACCUUAACCAACCAUUUUGGAAUGUACCUCGCUUUGUGCAUGGGGGCAUUGUCAUGCUGAAACAGGAAAGGGCGUUCCCCAAACUGUUGCCACAAAGUUGGAAUCACAGAAUCCUCUAGAAUGUAAUUGUAUGCUGUAGUGUUAAAACAUUUACCUUCGGCCUCCCGGGUGGCGCAAUGGUCUCGGGCACUGCAUCGCAGCGCUAGCUGUGGCACCAGAGACUCUGGGUUUGUGCCCAGGCUCUGUCGCAGCCGGCCGCGACCGGGAGGUCCGUGGAGCGACCCACAAUUGGCCUAGCGUCGUCUGGGUUAGGGAGGGUUUGGCCCGUAGGGAUAUCCUUGUCUCAUCGCGCACCAGCCGCUCCUGUGGCGGACCGGGUGCAGUGCACGCUAACCAAAGUGCAUGGUGUUUCCUCCGACACAUUGGUGCGGCUGGCUUCUGGGUUGGAUGCGCGCUGUGUUAAGAAUCAGUGAGGCUUGGUUGGGUUGUGUUUCGGAGGACGCAUGGCUUUCGGCCUUCGUCUCUCCCAGCCCGUACGGGAGUUGUAGCGAUGAGACAAGAUAGUAAUUACUAACAACUGGAUACCAUGAAAUUUGGGAGAAACAGGGGUAAAUUAAACAAUUUCACUGGAACUAAAGGUCCUAUCCCAAACCAUGAAAAACAGCCCCAGACCAUUAUUCCUCCUCCACCAAACUUUACAGUUGGCACUAUGCAUUGGGGCAAGUAGCGAUCUCCUGGCAUCUUCGAAACCCAAAUUUGUCCGUCGGACUGCCAGAUGGUGAAGAGUAAUUAAUCACUACUCCAGAGUCCAAUGGCGGCGAGCUUUAGACCACUCCAGCCGACGCUUGGCAUUGCGCAUGGUGUUCUUAGGCUUGUGUGCAUCUGCUCGGCCAUGGAAAACAGUUUCAUGAAGCUCCCGACAAACAGUUAUUGUGCUGACGUUGCUUCCAGAGGCAAUUUGGAACUCGGUAGUGAGGACAGACAGUUUUUACGUGUUUCAGCACUGAGCGGUCCCAUUCUGUGAGCUUGUGUGUAUAUAUUCAGACCCCUUAACUUUUUCCAAAUGUUGUUACUUUACAGCCUUAUUCUAAAAUGUAUUACUGUCACGCCCUGACCUUAGAGAUACUUAUUAUUCUCUAUGUUUGGUUAGGUCAGGGUGUGACUUGGGUGGGAAAUUCUAUGUCUUCUGUUUCUUUGUUUUUGGCCGAGUGUGGUUCCCAAUCAGAGGCAGCUGUCUAUCGUUGUCUCUGAUUGGGGAUCAUACUUAGGCAGCCCUUUUUUCCCCACCAUUAGAUUGUGGGAUCUUGUUUUCUGUUUAGUUACUGUUGCCUGACAAAACUGUGCAUUUUCAAUAUUUUUAUUUUGUAUUAUUUUUUAAUUAAAAUCAUGAACACUUUC